AUAGUGAACUCAUAAGCAAACAGAUUGGCUUUGUUUUUAAUUCUCUUUUUAGUUCUGUUUUCUUCUGUUCUACGAUCAAAAUUACGUAGAAUAAAUAUUGUUUGUAAUUGUAUUACUGUUUUUGGUUUUUAGAAUUUGCUAGGUGUUUGUUGUUUCUUGAAUGGCGAAAGGCCGGAGAUUGACGACGAGUAGAAGCGACCGGUUUUUAGGAAGCUAUGACAAUGGGUAUGCCGCAGGGGAGAGCUCGACGGUGGGGAUUGAGCUUGGGGAGGAAGAGGUGUGGUCGAUGGAGGAUGAGGUGUCGGACCGGAAUGAUUCAAUCGGGAAUAACUCUCAGGGUGAGUGGAGCCCGGUGGAGAGUAAUGAGAGCGCGUCGACGGGGUCGAGGAGGAAUCGACGAGUCCAUCGGAGUGAUCGAAACGUGGGUGGGCUGUCCUUGGCUUUCGAAGAUUCCUCGACGUCAUCGUCGAGGAUCGUGCGCCAGGUCAGGAGUCAGGAGGGCGUGGCGGUUACGCCACGUGGGCAGCAUCACAUGGCCACGUCAGCCCCCGUGAAUGUGCCGGACUGGAGCAAGAUUUACCGCGUGGACUCGGUGGACUCGGUGGACUCGAUGCAUGACUCGGAUGACGGGUGCGACGACGAUGAUGACUCAGUGAUGGUGCCACCGCACGAGUACUUGGCUAGGAGCAAGAAAUCCGGCGGCGCUUCGGUGUUUGAGGGCGUCGGUCGGACCCUCAAGGGCCGUGACUUGAGACGGGUUAGGGAUGCAGUCUGGAACCAAACAGGAUUCGACGGCUAAAACCGCCAACCGCCACCAAUUCAAUCAAAGGCACGCCAAUAUUUCUUAUUGUUUGAACUUUGAAGCCACAUAUAAUUUUUUUUUUUUUUUUUGGUAUCUUGAUAAAUGAUUCAGCCGAGUUGACUCAACUGAGUUAACUCAGCUGCCACUGAGCCCAAGCAUGAUUUUUGCAUUAUAUCGGAAUUUGGGUUAGAAAUGAAGAAAUGAUUUUCAGACAAAAGAAACAAGUUCGAUGUUUAGUGGUCUGUCCAAAUUUGCAAUAACUUCCAAAUUCUCUUCGCGUAGACAUUUUUGUCACUUAAUUGCACAUUAAAUUAAUGGUUUGGUCAAUAGCCAACAAUGUUUAACGCUUAUAAAUUAGUAAGAAAUUAAGUACCUUGAU